AUGGAUCCGGCCGAGCUCCGUCGGGUUUUCAGCAUGUUCGAUCGUAACGGGGACGGGAAGAUCAGCCGGACGGAGCUGAGCGAGUCGCUGGAGAAGCUGGGGAUCCACAUUCCGGAGAAGGAGCUGAGACAGAUGAUCGAGAAGAUCGACGCGAACGGCGACGGCUACGUGGACGUGGAUGAGUUCGGGGAGCUUUACUCGGCGAUAAUGGCGGACGAGGGGAGGGGGGACGAGGAGGAGGAUAUGCGCGAGGCCUUCAACGUCUUCGACCAAAACGGCGACGGCUUCAUCACCGUGGAGGAGCUCCGGGCGGUGCUAUCUUCGCUAGGGCUGAAACAGGGCCGCACAAUCGAGGACUGCAAGCGGAUGAUCAAGAAGGUCGACGUUGACGGUGAUGGGAGGGUCAACUUCGACGAGUUUCGGCAGAUGAUGAAGGGCGGGGGGUUUGCCGCCUUGAGCUCGUGA